CCUUUCCCCUCCCAGGCCCCGGCGAGUGCUGGUGUGCACCGGAGGCUCCGGCUCGGCGGACUAACUGGAGCACGGACGCCGCAGCCGGUUAGGCCGGUGCCCUUUCCCGCUCUGGAAAGGAAGAGAAAUGGAAGUGAAAAAGUUGAGCAUUUCCUGGCAGUUCUUGAUAGUUCUGGUUCUGAUCCUGCAAAUUCUGUCUGCGUUGGAUUUUGACCCAUACAGAGUCCUAGGGGUCAGCCGAACAGCCAGUCAGGCCGAUAUUAAAAAGGCUUAUAAGAAGCUCGCCCGGGAAUGGCAUCCAGACAAAAAUAAAGACCCUGGAGCAGAAGACAAAUUCAUUCAGAUUAGCAAGGCUUACGAGAUUCUUUCCAAUGAAGAGAAAAGAUCAAAUUAUGAUCACUAUGGAGAUGCUGGAGGCUACCCGAAGCAGCAGCAGCAGCGAGAAUAUCGCUUCCGCCAUUUCCAUGAAAAUUUUUAUUUUGAUGAAUCUUUUUUUCACUUCCCUUUUAAUUCUGAGCGGCGGGACUCAAUUGAUGAAAAGUAUUUAUUGCACUUUUCACAUUAUGUGAAUGAAGUGGUUCCAGAUAGCUUCAAGAGACCCUACCUCAUCAAGAUCACCUCAGACUGGUGCUUUAGCUGUAUCCACAUCGAGCCGGUUUGGAAAGAAGUUGUUCAAGAACUAGAAGGUUUGGGUGUAGGAAUCGGCGUGGUGCAUGCUGGGUACGAGCGACGCCUGGCCCAUCACCUGGGAGCACACAGCACCCCCUCCAUCUUGGGAAUCAUCAAUGGCAGGGUUUCCUUCUUCCACAAUGCAGUUGUCCGUGAGAACCUCCGGCAGUUUGUGGAGAGUCUUCUUCCGGGAAACCUGGUGGAGAAAGUUACAAGUAAAAAUUAUGUCCGAUUCCUCUCUGGCUGGCAGCAGGAGAAUAAACCACGCGUCCUUCUGUUUGACCAGAUGCCCGUUGUCCCACUGUUGUACAAGUUGACCGCUUUUGCAUACAAAGACUAUUUGUCCUUUGGCUACGUGUGCGUGGGCUCGAGGGGGGCAGAGGUGGUGAUGCGGCAGUACAACGUCAACUCCUACACGCCCACCCUGCUGAUCUUCAAAGAGCACACAGACAAGCCCGCCGACGCCCUCCAGGCCCGGGGUAUGAAGAAGCAGGCCAUGGAGGACUUCAUCACCCGGAACAAGUACCUACUGGCAGCCAGGCUUACCAGCCAGAAGCUGUUCCAUGAACUCUGCCCCGUGAAACGGUCUCAUCGACAGAGGAAGUACUGUGUGGUGUUACUCACUGCCGAGGCCGCCAAGCCAAGUAAACCGUUUGAGGCCUUCCUCUCCUUUGCCCUGGCAAACACCCAGGACACAGUGAGGUUUGUGCACGUCUACAGCAAUCGGCAGCCAGACUUUGCCAGCACCUUGCUCCCUGACAGUGAUGGUCUACAGGGAAAGGCAGCGGUGGCUAUCCUAGAAAGGCGCAACACUGCGGGAAGGGUGGUAUAUAAAACCUUGGAGACGCCCUGGGGUGGGAGUGAGAGCGACCAGUUCACCCUCCUGCGUUACCUCGACCAGCUGCGGAAAGACCCGGCUCUGCUGUCCUCGGAGGCCGUGCUCCCCGACCUGACCGACGAACUCGCCCCUAUCUUUCUCCUGCGCUGGCUCUACUCGGCUUCUGACUACAUCUCAGACUGCUGGGACAGUGUGUUUCACAACAACUGGCGGGAAAUGAUGCCUCUUCUGUCCCUGGUCUUCUCCGCGCUCUUCAUCCUCUUCGGCACUGUCAUUGUGCAGGCGUUCAGUGACUCAAAUGAUGAGCGAGAGUCAAACCCUCCAGAUAAAGAAGAAGCCCACGAGAAGGCCGGGAAGACUGAGCCAAGCUUCACCAAAGACAGCAGCAGCAAGAUUCCUAAAAAGGGCUUUGUGGAGGUCACUGAGCUCACCGAUGUGACGUACACCAGUAACUUGGUGCGCCUGAGGCCGGGUCACAUGAACGUGGUCCUCAUCCUGUCCAGCUCCACGAAGACCAGCCUGCUACAGAAGUUCGCUCUGGAGGUCUACACGUUCACGGGGAGCAGCUGCCUGCACUUCUCCUUCCUGAGUCUCGACAAGCACCGAGAGUGGCUAGAAUACUUGCUGGAAUUCGCUCAGGAUGCCGCCCCCAUCCCCAACCAGUAUGACAAGCAUUUCAUGGAGCGAGACUACACUGGCUAUGUACUGGCUCUGAAUGGCCACAAGAAAUACUUCUGCCUCUUCAAGCCCCAAAAAACAGUUGAAGAGGAGGAAGCCAUGGGGUCGUGCGGUGGGCAUUUGGGGGAUGCCCGGGGGAAAUCCUCCUGUGGCCUCGGGUCCGGGCCCAUCAAAGGGAAACUGAGCAGGCUGUCGUUGUGGAUGGAGCGCCUGCUGGAAGGCUCCCUGCAAAGGUUUUAUAUCCCAUCGUGGCCUGAACUAGACUGAGAGGGUUUCUAACAAGACUUGAACUCUUCAGCCUUUUUAACGGGUUCCUGUGAACAGGUAUUUUCAGGACUCAGACUAUCACAACAGACAGAGUAUAGAUUUUAGGUCCUUCUUCUAGAACACUGGCUAGAAGAAUCUUCCUUUGUCCUGUCCUAACCUAGGAGUGAACACCACCACAGAUUGAAUUCCCUAGAUGAAAUAUUUUCCUUUGGACUUCUUUUGUUUCUGCCCUGAUUUGAAUGCCACAUAUUUAAGCUAGGCUGCUCAUUCCUCCUCCUCCUCGGUUGCCCCCACGGUGUGCUCACACCCCCAUUCUGUCUUCUGGGGGAGCAGCACAGGGCUCAGCCUUGCAGCGGUGGACCCUCACAGGCUGGUGUGCUGGUCCCCCUGCGCCCCGACAGCCCCCCCACAGCCCAGCAGUGCUUCUGCCACAUGCAUGCUGUCCCCAGGGAACCGCCCAGCAGCUUCCAGGCCCCGCCUCUUGAAAGAGGCCUUGCUCCAAGCGAUCUUACAUAUGAAGGUGUUUCUGGUAGCAGGUUGUAAGAGUCUGUCUUGGGAGUACCCCAUCACAGUUUGUCAGCCCCUGGUUCAAAAGGGUCAGGGUGAGUGGGCGUUCUGCACGGGAAAUUUCUUCCCUAGAAAAGAGGGGGAACGCUGAGGUGGCUGAGGGACCCCAGCGAGCCUCCCCUCGGCUGCCUUUCCAGCGUUGAACCACGCCAGGUAAGCUCAGUAGGCAAGAAGUACUGUAUUGACUUUGAGCCAUUUUUGUGUGUCUUCAGAUGCCUUUCUGCUUCUGUCAACUUUAGGGUAAGGAUAUUAGGAGCCAUAACUUGUAAUCUUGUUUUUUGAACGUAGAGAUAAGCUGCUCUAAGCCCGUCGACAUUCACCUAGAGACACGUUCUUCCCACCUGCCGCGGAAGCCUCUCCACUCCAUGGUGUCUCAUUAGUAAAACGCCAGACAUGUCUUUGUAUCAAGGAACUUACAAUGUCUCAACACUUGUACUUUGAGCACUGCUACCCCCUGAGUUCUGUAUCUUCAAGUCCUCUUUGUGACAAGUGAACCAAGACUUGUUCUAGACUCCUGUUUUGCAAAAGGCUUGCUUCGAGCUUCUGGCCUCUGUUUUGAUGUCUCUGAAUUGUUUUCACCCUUCACUUAACAGCCGCUUUCCCAGUGACAGGGUCUGACCUGUCAUCUGCACCCCAGCUUGCUGAGCUCCCCAACUCCAGGCCGGAUCAGACCAGCCAGUUAAGAGUUUCCCUUUUCUCUUUCGGGCAGAACAGCCCCGUUGGAGUUUGGGGGACCUUAGGAGGAGUUAGUGCAAACAUCAUGGCAAACCCCUUUUGUCAAGUGAAGCCUCAAAAAGCGUCAAAAUGGGACGUGGAUUACUAAGUAUUUCUUCAGUCACAGUUGCUUUAAUCUAAGCCAUUUGGAUCCUGAAUAACUUAAACAGUGAGCUAGAGUACAUCAUCAAUUAUCGGAGGCCGGGAAUUUCACAGACUUUGUAGUUUUACUGUAAAAAUAAAGAAUCAUGCCAGGCUUAUUUCUCCGCAGGCUCCUCUAAAAACAGACGCGGCCUCUGAUCGCCAUGCUUCAUGGCAGCCAGCCCAGUGAGAAGUGAUCAAGGAAUUCAAGUGACUCCUUGAGAGCCAAUCCUCAGAAUUGUUUCCUGGACCUCUCGUGGCCAGGUUAUUUUAUGAUAGUGUUUUUGGCUAGUGAUAGGUUUUAAUUUCUGAUACCAGUGGGAUUCCCAAAACCCAUUUCUGAAAACCAAAAACUCCCCAGAGUUGUUCAUUUGUUUAAAAAUUUUAUCAUUAAAAUAAAAAGUCCCUCUGACAGUGUACCUCCCACUUUGUCCUAAGAAAGGGAAAUGCUAAGAUUGAAAGCAUUCCUGGUGAAUACUUGGGCCCUAAAGGUCUUGUGCAGAGCAUUUGGGGUGCUAGUGGAUCGGUCCCCAAGAGAGCUUUCAUUUUAAAUCAAGUCAGGUCCACCCAGCCCUCCCCUGAACAUCAUUUCCAUGAACUCGUUUCCUUUACUUUUGUGUCAAACACGCGAGUCCUUGUCACGCUCAGCCAGUGCCGCCGCCUGUCCUGUGAGGAGUCCCAGGCUGCUUUUGGCUUUCACGUCCUUGUGCUUGAGGACCCUGGGCCUGAACGCACCGCUGUGCGCAGAGGCGGACGUUUCUGGUGGGUACAGAAAAGGCAGCAUGUUCAGCAAGUGGGGAGUGAAGACGAACUCAAGACGCAUCUUUGCAGGAGACGCACCCGCGUGAAAAAUAGUCUCUCGCCGCCGGGUGUCGGUCGGCACAAUCUGUGAACGCAGGAGUGGCAGCUUCACCUCAGCAGCGGGUCCGAGACAAGUCUGCCCCGGCCUGUCUCAUCUCACCACCAUCCCCUGAUGACCAGGAAGAUGUGGGGAUGGCUUUCACACAAGAGAUUGAUUUCUUCCUCACUCAGUAUAUUGAAAUGUUUCCCCAAUAGAUAAGACAUCACGAGCCGAAGGUGUCUUAACGUGGUUUGCUUUGGGAAGGACGCUCGAUUUGUUUUUGUUUUGAGUAAAAUUCUCUAAAAGCAGGUGCACAGCAUCCUUACCGAUGACCUGCUGCUCAGGCCUGUCCGCCGGACGUCAUUCCUUGAAAACACAGCAGAGCUGCUGCCAAUUCUCUUUGUUCCAUUUGUCAAGGAGGGUGAUUGUGUUUUCAAGAUGGAUGUGAAAAGAAGGUGAAUAUUUUGCACUUUUGAUACUCAAGAACAAAUAACCUAUUUGGCAAAUGGUGUCUUUUUUAUGUUGUUUUGUUUUGUAUUGUGAACAGGCACUGAAGCUGAUGUUAUUUUAAGAUUAUUACAGACUGGAAACAGAAAUAAAC